AUGUACAAUGCUCAGGAUCCACAUGUCGCUAGCACCGACAUCAGCACUCACUAUGCCAGCUACAACCAGGCUCAGACUCAGUACCAUACUGCAUAUAUGCAGGCUCAGGAACCUCAUCUUGUCGGCAACCAAGCAUUCAUCCCCGCCUUUGCUCCCCCCGGUGCCUUUGCUCCCCCUGGCCGAGGAUUCAGCUUCACCCAGCAAGUGUUCACCUCCCAAGGAUACCCUCAAAGCUUCGGGCUCAGUUCCCCACAAGAAUUUGCCAGUCCUGCUGCCUUCGCCAUGGCACAAGGCUGCUCUGUCAGCAACUCUUCCGCCAGCUAUGGUCUCCCGGGGUUCCAGAAUCCUCAGUUGGGCUGGCAGUAG